AUGUUAUAUUAUUAGGUAGAAAUCCUUUAAAACUUGAAUAAGUAAAAAAAGAGCUCCAAAAAGAAAAUUAAAGAAUAAAAAUAAUAACAAUUCAAGCCGAUUUAGUAAAUUCCUUUGAACCUGAGUUUUUUGAUAAAAUAAUAUAAUAAACUCAAAAUUAUGAUAUUUCGAUGCUCAUAAAUAAUGCAGGAAUAGACUUUUUCGAUUCUUUUCAUUUAAUACCAAAAGAAGUAAUUAUAGAAUAAAUAAAAGUUAACAUAAUGCCCACUUUAAAUCUUACAUACCAUUUCAUUAAAAGAUUUUAGAAAAGAUUAUAAGAAAAAAAAUAAAAAUCUGCUAUUCUUAAUGUAGGUUCUUUUGCUGGUAUACUUCCUACUUUAUAUUUUAACGUAUAUUGUGGUACUAAAGCUUUCAUUAAUGUUUUUACUUAAUGUUUAAGUUAUGAAUAUCCAGAAAUUGAUAUUAUGUGUUUAAAUCCUAGCGAAGUUUCAACUAAAAUGA